GCACAGCGCCCCUCGCCCAACGCACGCUAGCAUCGGAAGCGUGUGCCCUGUUGCCCGUUUGCAUCUGCCCAAAGAGGCAAGGUCCCCACUUACGCCAAAUCCGGCCAAUCGAACGCGCCCCUCGUUACUCGUCGCGUUCUCCCCAGUCAAUUAAAGUGGUUGCUAACCGCCGCCUUGCAUUGUUUGCAUGUCUUUGAACCUCCAUAAAUACAAUACCAUCUCCGUUGCGCCCACUGCCGCAGGUCUGAUUGUAUCCCUUGUUGUUGCUCUCGCUUGCCCUUUCGAUUCCCCAUCCUUCGUCUUCUUCUCUUCUUUUCCCAUCUACGACUUGUUCGCCAAUCCCCCUCCCCUCUUCUUCGCGACAAGCAGCGCAGCGCAAUCGUUUCUUUUCUUUGCCGUCACACACACACACAUUCACAUCUAGCCAACAUGUCUGGUUCUGCCCAACAAGAGCAGGCCGCUGUCGAGGUCAACAAGCAGGUUCCUGCCGCCAACGACGCUGCCGCCGCUGAUGCUGCCCCUGCGAUCGAUGAGUCCGCUGCUCAGGCAAACGGCGCCGAGGAGCCCGAGCUCGAUGAUGCUGCCAAGAAGGCGCUCGUUACCGAAUUGACCGCCAAGGGCGCGUCGCUCUACUCCCAGAAGAACUUUGAAGAGGCCGCCGAAAUCUUCUCCAAGGCUACCGCCCUGCAGGCGGAGCUCAAUGGCGAGACUGCGCCCGAGAACGCAGAGGUCCUCUUCUACUACGGCCGAAGCUUGUUCAAGGUCGGCCAGAGCAAGAGCGAUGUUCUUGGUGGCCAGGCUGCUGGCGAGAAGAAGCCCAAUGGCAAGCCUGCUGCCGCUGAGGAGCCCAAGGAGGCAGCUCCCCACGCUGCUGCUGCUCCCAAGGAGGAAGCUCCCAAGGAAGAGGUCCCCGAUGCCAAGAAGCCUCUGUUCCAGUUCACUGGUGAUGAAAACUUUGACGGUUCUGAUGAUGAAGAGGGCGAAGGCGAAGCCGAGGAAGAGGAAGACGACCUUGCCACAUCGUUUGAGAUUCUCGACCUCGCACGCGUUUGUUACAUCAAGCAACUCGAAAAGGUCCAGGGCGAGGGCAAGGGCAAGGAGACUGGUCUCUCCGCUGAGGAGCGCUUGAUCAAGGAGCGCCUCGCCGACACCCACGACGCGCUUGCUGAAAUCUCUCUUGAGAACGAGAGAUACCCCAACGCCAUUGAGGACGGCCGCGUGUCGCUCAAGUACAAGAUGGAGCUCUACCCUGAGGAGUCUGAGAUCAUCGCCGAGGCUCACUACAAGCUCUCGCUUGCUCUUGAAUUCGCCUCCAUUACCGUAUCAGAGGGCGAGGGCGAGGACAGCAAGCCCCAGGAGAUGGACCAGGCCAUGCGCGACGAGGCCGUCAAGGAGAUGGAGCUCGCCAUUAAGAGCUUCAAGCUCAAGCUUGCCGCUAAGCAGUCUGAGAUUACGGCUGCCGGCGACAACAGCACUGACAUUGACCGCAAGGCUGUCGUUGAGAUGAAGGAAGUCAUCAUGGAUAUGGAGCAGAGACUUGUCGACUUGCGCAAGGACCCCAUUGACACCAAGGACUUCCUGAGCGGCCCUGACAACCUCCUCGGAGGGCUUUUCGGCGCCAUCUCUCGCGAGACUGCCGAGCAGACCAAGGCCCGUGUCGAAGAGGCUACUAAGAACGCCAACGACCUGACCUCCCUGGUCCGCAAGAAGCCCAAGGCUGCCCCCGCUGCCCCUGCUCCCAUCUCGAUCCCUGCUCCUUCCAAGAAUAAGAGAAAGGCCGAAGACGAUCUCGAGGAGCCCACUGGCAGCGAGUCGCCCAAGAAGGCCAAGGUCGACGAGUAAGCCUCAUCGCAUCUGUCUUGUCGGCACUUUGUGGCGAAACCCAAAAAGCCUACGUACUACUACUACUAUGUGUUUUUAACAACCUUACUUUUUGUAUUUUUUAUACCGGAAUUUAAAUCGGCGUCUAGGGUGGCUUGGACGGGAUGGCGGUGCAAAAGGAUAUUUUGAAUGACAGAGCCUUGAGUUUUUGAUAUGUACAACGGCACAAGGCCUAUUCGCGAAUACAUUCCGUCUUUUGAACUACUACAAUAACUGUAACUAAACUGCCUGCGUGUGCCAAUUGACAUGGUAACUCUUACAUCGUUAACUUCCGCACAUGUCACUAGAGGAUAUACUAUCAAGCAUGGUGAAUGUGAAAUUUGUAUAUAUGCCAUGCUACAUAAACAGCAAAACAAAGGCAGCGGUCCCAAGCCCAAGUAAUCCCCAACAAACCAAAAACUAUAUACAUUACAAUACGUAGCAGCGCCCGUGAUUUACAGCUUAAAGUUACUGCUCGAAGCAGCCUUGGCCGCCUUGACCUUGUUGCCAUCGACAUCCGUUAUCUCGCCUCUGCGGUUGAUAACCUUGACACCGCCCUUCUUGAGGUCCGCAAUCGUCUGGGCCUUCUUGCUAAGUCCAGCGCGCGAACCACCCGCCGUGACAGCUCCCGCCUUGCGCACGCGCUCCUUGUGUCUACGGCGCUGGCGCGACUUGUCCUCGCGCGACAUCUCCUGUCUCGCAACCGGCAGACCACCCUUAGCCACGACUUCACCGGCUGCAGCGGUCUUGGAGCCCGCCUUGUAGACUUCCUGGGGCGCCAUGCGCGACGACUCGCCCGCAAUAGCCUGUGCCGUGGCUGGCUGUGCGUCUUCCAUGGUGAUUGUCGCCACGUCCGCCACGACAGAGAGCGUCGCGGCCACGGGCUUAGGCUUGUAGUGCCAGCUGCUGAGGGCGUCGAGGCGCGACGAGAGAUCCUUCCACAUGUUCUCGAUCUCGCGCUCCUCCUUGGCCAGCUUCUCGUCGGACUGGCUGACAUAUGUGUCGGGGUUGCUGUUCUUGACGUGGUCUUCCUCGUAGAGUUCGCCAAGGCCCUUGCUUGACUUGGUGUCGUCGACCUCGACGAGGCCGCGGCGUGUGUUGUUGGAUGCUUCGGCUUCGGGGCGGCGGCGGAGCACCUCGUCAAACUCCUGCGCGAGGAUGCGGCGCUUGAUCAGGUCCUCGAUGCUCUCGCUGACCUCGGGCGUGAUGACGGGGACGGGCUUGCCCACAUACUCGAAGUCGAGGUCUUGCUCGAGCAGAGAGUUGGUUGGGCGCUCCACGGCAGUUGCUUCACCGGACAGAGUCCACUCGCGCUUGGCUACCGAGGCGGCUUCGAGCUUGCGGAUCUCGUCGGCGAGCUUGGCCUGGCGGCGUUCGUGGGCGGAUCGGCGAGACUUGGGGUCGCCUGCUGAUGUUUCGGAGAGUGCGUCGUCAGAGUUCUCGACCUCGGAUUCGUCGUCAAACAGGUCGCGUUUUACGUCGGCCAUGGCUCGUUCGAGAUCUUCGGCCGUCGGCUUCUCCAACUUCGCUGGUCGGUCCUUUCUCGGCUUGCGGUCGCCCUUUUUGCGCGCUGGGGGAGCGAAGAAGUCCUUGUAGAAGACACCGUUGGCGUUGUUUUCCUCUUCGUCCUCGGGGUUGAUGUCAAAGUCUUCAUCCUCGCUCUCACCUUCGGGGGCGUCAAGAGCCAUGUCGCCAAAUGUAGGUCCGUCAUCCUCGUCAGAUUCUUCAUCGUCGUCGUUUUCUCCUUCUUCGUCGUCCAUAUCUUUUGAAGGCUUCUUUGCCUUGCCAGGCUUGGCGGGGGCAUUAGGAUCCGCAUCCCAAUCGAUCUGCUCGUCAUCACUGCCCUGGUCUGUGUACGGGUUGCCUUUGGCGUCUUGCUCUUCAAACCAUUGGGAUUGUUUGUUGAAGUCUGCCAACGAGAAGAACCCAUCGUUCAAACCGUCUGGGUCCUCCUCAUAGGAUGCUUGUGAGAUAUCGUCGUCGUCGUCGUCUUCUUCUUCUUCACCCUCCUCGCCAUCAUCUUCGGGGGCGUCGCCAAAUUCCUCCUCAUCGAGAUCUCCUUCCAUAUCAAGAUCCUCACCAUCCUCAUCUUCUAAUUGUGCCUCGAUAUCUCCCUCCUCGUCUUCUUCGUCGUCGUCGUCGUCCGAACCGACUUCGAAGCCGUUGGCGUCGAAUUCUAAUGGCUCGUUCUCGGUCACGAUCUCAUCGUUUGCUUCCAUUUCCAUCAGGAGAUCUUCUGAGUACUCUAGAACACUGUUGAUGAUGCGUUCAGCCUGCUUCCAGACCUGAUUUGUCUGGAAUCCAUCAAUGUAGACCUUGCGAAGCUUGAGAACAUCCUGCUUCGAGCCGUCGCCGCCACGUUUGCGUUUUCUGCUUUCUUUGAGUCUCUCUAACUGCUGAUCGCUCACUUUUCCAGCAAAUGCUUCCAGUGUUUCUUUGGCGAUAUUUAAGGAUUCGGUCGGGAGGCUCGCUGAAGGUUGAAGAAAGGCAUGGCGGUUGGCUUUGUCGAGGGUCGCAAGCAGAGCGGCAAUGCUGCCAGAAGCAGUAAUUGGCGUAGAAGCCAUAGCCGAACCAACAGACAAUGUGUGUGAUGACGAUGUGUUGGACGACAAGGUGUCUGUGGCCAUUCUCUUCUUUUGUCGCGUGGAUGGAUUGCAAUGCUAAACUUUUUUUUUUCUUGACGCCGACUUUUCUGCACAAAUUUUUUUGGAGACUCGAUGCCGGGACCCCACCCGCCCGCUUGGGAGAAGAGCUGCCAGUAAAGUGGUACUAGCGCUAGCACAGAGACGACCACUGUACCUUGGCUGUAUUAAUUGUAGAUUGUCACUUGGAUAAGGUAUGCCCAAAGAGUAAAAAUAUAUAAAUUGGAUUGUUAUGUAUACCGAUAAAUAGAUUGUGCAACGAGAUAUGUAACCGGUUUCUAUGCAAAGUAAACUAAUAAAACGCUGGUGAAGGAUGCAGCCAUUAGCAGAAGAAAAGAAGACAUGUUGGGAAGUAAGCCGGGCCUCAGAGCCUUUUAAAUGCUAAUCCCCUAAUAGUGAGAUCAAAUAACGGUACAAAAUACAAUGGCGCCCUUCCAAAACGCCGCUCAAAGUGAUUCGAAUGAUAUGAUACGCACUCUACAAACCUCUGCGCCCUCCAGUGCUCAUGAGAGUAAUCUUUUGCUUCUUCUUUUUCUUGUUGCCUGUGUUGGGUACAAUUCGCGCUGCGCUCGAUGAGCUUUCGCUGGCAUCGAUAAUGGCAUCGAGCUGUAGAGCGAGCUCUGAUGUUUCAAGGAACUCGUUAUCCUUCAGCCAUCCAUCAUCACGAUUAUUCCCGUCGGCUGCGCUCAAGUCUGGAGAUGCCGGAACAGCCUGCGUACCCCAAACCGUCUUGUAGUUUGAAGGGCUCGUCGACAUGGAAGCCAGCGUAUUAAACCCUGUCCGAUUUUCUGGAGGUGUAGAAUUGAGUGGUUGGAAUUCAGAGAGGUCUAGGCCGGGUGGUGUAUCGUCCUGCACGAAUUCGGCUGAUGGGCGAAUCGUCAUUGCACCGCACAGUGCGGCGGCCUCAACACGCUCUGCAUCUACCUUCUCCCGUUCUUCUUGUGCAGCCUUGUCGCGGUUUCGCUUGCGUCGCUUGGCAAUCUCUUCCGAAAACGACUCGAGAACUUCAGCGGGUACAAUGUCGGUCCAGUCGCACUCUAAAAAGCUAAUGAGGCAUCCAUGGGGUAGGUGGCCAAGGUAUUUAGCUCUCUUGCGAACAUUGUCAUCUACAGCAUGACCUGUAGAGAUGUGCUCGACACGAGGCAACAGAGUAGAUGGGAAGGAAGAAAAUGAGCCGUAUUUUGUUUUGAGAAUGCGGAUGUCGAGUGGGGAGAGAUAAAGGUGAGGCGGUGCGCUGUAAAAAUAAAAGUCGUUCUCAGAAGGCUCCUUGUUGGAACCACGCUGGGAGGAAGUCGCUGCUUGAGCCAUGGCCUGUAGGUCGGCGAUUUUUUCUCGAUUGGCCAUAAUUGCUCGGACAGCCUUUUGAGACCAUUCUGAAUCCAGUCCGUACAGGACUUCGUCUUCUUUCUCUUGCUUGAGCAACUCCUCCACUUCACCAUCAAAUUGCUCUUCCAUAUAUUCGCGGCUGCCUUUCAUGAUACGGGCAUAAUCCAGAACGUUGGCAGCAAAGUGCCAAGGGACAUCCCCAUCUGUACCAGCAGUGUCACCAGAUGAUUCCUUGGGCAAGGCAAGCGUUGAAUCGGCUCUUCGUGACAUCAAUCGCAGUACGACAUCAUCGCCAACUCGAGGCAGGCGAGUUUCUUGUCCAGCAUAGAAGCGGAGCGGGCGGACUUCAUGCAGAUAGACGACGUCCUCACAAAUGGGGCAUUUCUUCCAUCGUGCUCCUUUGCCAGAUUUGGCUUCAUCCUCGCUCGCAGUGGAGUUCAUAAAUCUGAUAAUACAUGGCAGGCAAAAGAUGUGGCCGCAACGAGCCAUCCGAGGCGCCACGGGGUCCGAAAGACAAAUGGGGCAAGAGGCAGCCUGUGAUUCCGUCGAUGCUAUGACUUGCAUGACGUCGGUCCAAUUGAGAUACAGAUCUGAAUCAGCUCCUUGCUUGGCAUACGAGCCUUCGGGAGACACAACGAAGCGGUAGUUGGCAUGCACAAAUCGUGCCUUGUCCACAACAUACUGGCCACUUCCACUGCUGCCUGUAUUUCCGUUUGGAGGUCGUCUAUAUGACCUUGAGACGUGUGUAUGUUCAUAAUGAGGUCUUGGGGUCGAAAAGUUUAGCAAAUGGGUGAUGGAUGUCUGGCCCCGUCGGCUGUUGGGAUUUCGGAUAGCGCGCAGCUCCGCGAGUGAAUCUUCGUUGUCAAGCAUUGGGAAUGAUCUAUCACCAUCGCCAGCUCUUCUCUGAUUUCUAUGUUGCUUUCGUGAGCCUUGGUUCUUCCUGGGGAUGGCCUGAGCUUGCGUCUGGCCCGUGGCGACGGGACCGGCUCGUCUAGAAAAGUCGCUGUUUUGGGACGCAGGGCCCUGAGAAAUAGGCUGCGAGUAACUAGGUGCUGCAGAUAGGGACUUGCCCGUGUUGAUAUUCAAUGGAUUCAUUAUACGAGCGAUGCCGGGUGUAUUGAUAAAAUAGAUUCGAGCACCGCAAGUGCGAUUGUCAAUGCCGAAGACGCUGUGGAUUCAAGUGGACUGCUGAGAAAAAAGGUUUUGCGAGGCGUUUUAUCGUUCCGGACAACAGUUGCAGCCCAGAGGACGGUGCUGGGGCGCGCGAUGCACAGCGAGAGCACGCAUAUAAUAAAACGACGCGUUUUAGACGAUGAGAAUAAUAGAUUCGAUGGCCGCCUUGGUCCCGGACGAGAGCCCAAAGAGGUGGAUGGAGAACGGGGAACGGGUUGAGUCAACAGCGGGGCAAAUCAAGAGUGCUGUUGCUCUC